UAAAAAUAGGUUUUCGGCGGGACGCAGGCCAAGCAUUAGCCAUUUCGCCGAGGACACAGCGCGUCGACUCGGAUGUGGGCGACGAUCGAGCCGCUCCACGACACCAUCAUGGGAUACGCCGGUCUGCUCACGCAGUACCUCGCUGGCCGCUUGGGCGACGCGACCUUGGAGCCCGCGACGAAGCGUGGCAUCUGGGAAGACGCCUUGCGGAGCGAGUGGCCCGGCGACUGGGCGCAGCUGCCGCGCGUGCAGCUCGACAAAAGCAGCUUUCGUUGCGUCCAAUCGCGCGCCACGUACGACCGCCUCUGUCGCUUUCUCGGUGACGCCGCCUUCCCGACCGGCACGACGCACGACAGGUCGUUCUACUAUGUGACGUUCUACGACGCCUCCAGACCCGCCGUCGACAGCGAGGGCCGCAUCGUCACCGAAGGUCUCAUUGUGCCCGAGAUUCUCGUGGCGCCCAUGACGCACGUGUGGCUCGACGUGCUUGCACCGAUGCUGCGCUGUCCGGUGGCACUGGCGCAUGCGGCGGUGUGCGGCGGCCACGCGUCGCUGCUGCGGCACCUGCUCGAGAACGUCCUGGAACCAGAGCGCAUGUCCGAGGUGUUCUUCAUGGACCGGCCGCUACGAGGCCACGCGAUGGAUCUUGCCGCCGGUGCGGGUCACCUGGAGGUGCUCCAAGUGCUCCACGCGGCGGGCGGCACGUGUUCGACGACCGCCAUGGACAGCGCGGCGUGCGGCGGGCACUUUGACGUCGUCGACUGGCUCCACAAGCACCGCUCCGAAGGCUGCACCUCCGCAGCGCUCGAUCUGAUCGCGCGCACGGGCCGUGUCGACAUGGUCGAGUUUCUCAUGGCCGCGUACAACGUGUCGUUUUCAAUCCGCACGGUCGACGCGGCGGCGGCCAACGGCGACCUCCACACGGUGCAGCUGCUGCACGAACGGUUUAACGCGGGGUGCACGCGCCAAGCGAUGAACAGUGCGGCCGCGGGCGGGCACUUGGCCACGCUCGCGUACCUUCAGGCCCACUUUACAGCCGGCUGCACCGUCGACGCAAUGGAUGCUGCCAUCAUGGCCAACAACCUCCACAUCGUGCGCUUCCUCCAUACGCACCGGACCGAAGGCUACAGUCCGAUCGCAUUUGACGUUGCUGCGCGCAACAACUACAUGGAGAUGGUGCGUUACUUGAGCGACCAUCGACAUGAAGGUGGCACCCACCGCGCUUUGGACCGCGCCGCCGGCUUUGGCCAUUUGAACAUGGUCCGCUUUCUCUGCAUGCACCGAGACGAAGGCUGUACGACGUUGGCCAUGGACGUCGCCGCCAAGCGAGGUCACCUCGAUGUCCUCAUGUACCUGUACGAGCACCGCACGGAAGGAUUUACCCACUGGGGCAUCUUUUGGGCCGCCCAAGAAAGCCAAGACCAAACACUGCAGUUCUUGCUGCUAGUCGACGCGGACCACGAGCGCGCACGAAGCGCUGUCGCGUGUGCAGUCGCGAACCGAGAUGCUGCGGUGCUGCAGCGUCUGCGGGACGCCGGCUGCGCCGGGGCAGACGUCGCCGCGAUCCCCGACGUCCAAGGUGCCGACGCGUGCAUGGGCGAGAAGGCAGAUGCAAACAACAUGGCUGAGAACGACGCACGAAGAGAAGCCGAGGACGGGCUGUACGACGAGUGCCACUACAUUGACUGGCUCUCGUGCUACACCGAGCUGUGCAUGUGGGAGCAUGACGACCGAGGGCACGCGAUGCUUCUCGACGCUAGCGACGAUUCUUGAGUUUGCAAUAAGUUUCUAGUUGUCUACCAAAUAAUAAUUCAUUUUUCUUGUCGA